AUGAUCAGUAAGCCGGUGCCCGCCAACUCAUUUUAUCAUACUUGCCGAUAUAUCAGCAACAAGCCUGGAGCAGAACUGCUGAUAGCAGAGGGUGUAAGGGGGCAUGAUUAUAAGUUGAUGGCAGCAGAUUUUGAGACCCAGCAGCAAUUAAGGCCGGACAAAACGAGGGCUUGCUUCCAUUCUAUCCUCAGUUUUUACCCUGGAGAAAAGCCAACCGAUGAGUUACUCAAAGAAAUCGCCUUAAAGUAUUUGACGGAAUUGGGGGUGGUAAAUACGCAAGUCGCCAUCAGCAAACACACUGACAAAGCGCAUCUGCACCUGCACAUUGUGGCCAAUAUGGUGAACAAUGCGGGAAAAACUAUCAGUGAUAGCUGGAUAGGUUUGAGGGGUAAGAAAAUAGCCCAGCAGCUCACUCAGGAUUAUAAAUUGAUUCCGGCUUUAGAGAAAAACCUGAAGCUGACAAACCUGGAAUCGCUGAGUAGUUCAGAAGCCAACAGGUACAAAAUCUAUGUAGCUAUCACAAAAAAUCUACCCUAUUGUCGAACAAUGGAAGAUCUGGAAAAAAGGUUGCUGAAGCUGGGCAUUGAGACCAAAUACAAGUACAAGGGCCAGACAGAUGAAAGACAGGGUAUCAGUUUUAAGAUGGGUGAUAUUUCUUUUAAGGGCAGCCAGGUGGACAGAAAGUUUUCGUUGUCUGGACUCGAAAAGGCAAUAAUGCUGCAACAAAAGCAAGUACAAGUGCCACGACAAUUGCCGGGCAACAAGGAGAUUUUGAAGGAGAUGGUUCCUGCCCGAACCCGACCAAUACCCCGGGUCGAGAGUGACAACAAUUCCCCAGAACCGGGAAAUGAGUACAGCCACCAUAUUGCAAAGGGGUUGGAAAAAGCGGUGGACAUGCUAUUGAGGAGCGAAGAAACACCUGGCCAAUUACCUUAUGAGUUAACCCAGAAAGCCCUGAAGCAAAAGCGAAAAAGAAAAUCUCAACAGAACAGCAGGUAG